AUGGAGGAGACAACACCAGACCCAGACUUUGUGGAUGUGGACCAGGGCUUAACUCUGGCAUGUAUAGCCUUCCUCUGCCUGCUGCUAGUGGCCAUGAUCAUCCGCUGUGCCAAGGUUAUCAUGGACCCAUACAGCGCCAUCCCCACCUCCACCUGGGAGGAGCAACACCUGGAUGAUUAG